AUGUCAGUAAUCAAAGCUGUGCUGGUGGCAGGGUUCCCAGAAGAGAUGGAACCCAGUGAAACUGAGGAGAGUCUAGAUGCACUGCGAAUACUGGGGAGAGUGAAGGUCCACACCAGUAUUUACAGCAGUGUAGUGAAGGGCAUGGUAGCUCUAUGUACUCACUCCAAAGAAGCAGAUCUUGAUAAGGUGCCCCAAAAGGUGCAAUUGGGUGAUACCCCCUGGAAAAUUCUGGGGUCAGAGCAGCCCUCUGCUAGUGCACCUAUGUCACUUGAGGUGGAUCCUUUAGCACAGAAACUGCAAGCUCUGAUGGUGGAUGAGAAGCAGACUGGAGAGGAAUUAAUCUUGACAUUCAGAGGGGCUCCAACACCUGCAGCACCCAGACUGAUGGAACAUGUCACCUGUGCCCACAGAGGAGUUGAUUGUGAGAUCUGGAGGGAGUUUGCAGUGCCCCUUGUGCAAGAGUGGGAAUGUUCUGAUGCCAAGAAGAGGAAAUGGGUGCUUGAGAGUCGGAAGGGACCUGCCAUGCAAAUUGUCCAAGCUCUGAAAGCACCCCAACCAGCUGCAAUGGUGCAAGACUAUUUAGCUGCUCUUGAAAGUGUCUAUGGUGCCAUUGAUAACAGUGAAGACCUUUAUUAUAGUUUCUGCCACAUCUAUCAGGAGCCACUUGAACAAUUGUCAGAUUUCAUCAAGAGACUAGAGGAUUUGCUGCAGCAGACCCGGAAGGAAGGAAUCCCCACCAAGCACAUUGAUUCUGCUAGGCUGGACCUGAUCCUUCAGGGCACCUGA